UUCAGAAACAUAUCAACUGUAGAGAAAAAAAAUGAUUCAAAACCUGGUACUCCUGUCUGGACUGAUCGUGGCUUCAACAUGCUCGAUCCUUCAUCCAGCACCAUUGCAUGUGUUAAUACCAAUACAAUAUCAACAGCCGCCACCAAACUACAACUUCGCUUACGAGGUCAACGAUCCUCACACUGGAGAUUUCAAGAGACAGCAAGAAACACGUAGAGACGGUAUCGUUCAUGGUCAAUACUCACUCCUUCAACCUGACGGAGUAACCAGGACUGUUGAAUACAGAGCUGAUGAUGUCAAUGGAUUUAACGCUGUCGUGAGCAACCAAGGUAGACCUAUAAAUGAAAUCCCUGAAAGACAGGACGAGAAUACCAGCGAAGGGUCAGGAAGACAAGCGAAUGAAAGACCACAAGUGGAACAAUUCCGACCAUCUAAUGAUCAAGUGACUUCAGCGCCACUGACCGUUGCCCACACAUCUCUCAUUCAUCGUUCUUUUACAAGUGCUCCUAAUUCUUGGGACUAAAUAGAAUUGAACACCUGACCUCUCAAAAAACGGACGUGACUCUGAACACUUUUCUUCAUUUCUUUG